GGAAGUAGAAUACUCUCUAUUUGUCGUUUUUUUUUUGUUCAUAUUGCUGGGAAGAAGAUUUUGUACAAUAGGGAGGGACCGACUUAGCAGUGAAGGACUUCAAGUAGCCCAUUCGAUAUCUGAUGCUCGAAGGUGCGUUUCCUACCGGGGAUCCAGCAAUAAUUCCCGCUCAUGGCAUCACAUCCCCAGCCCUAUUUAGCUCGAGCUUCUUCCAACGGACUGGUCUCGUCUCACAAGUCCCAACGUCACCCAGGCAGCAGGCCUGCGACGAGUUCCUCACAAGAAGCAACACUUCGGCCUCCCGGUAUUUGAUUGUGUAGGAGAAGACGUUCUUAGUGCUGCUUCGCUGCUCAUGCUGUUCAUCAGAACCAAAUGGCUAAGCUUUUCCUCCGACCUCUUUGUUCUAUAUCUGCGCUUCGCGCAACUCUGUCUCACUUUUCCUCUACUGUCAAUGUUAUUCCUACUACUAAAACUGUUGAAAAACAAAACUCGAACAAGUUGUCGGAAGGUUUUCUGAGAAAGAGGUGCACGUCUGGCUCCAUUACUCCUGAGGAAGCAUUGGGUUUAUUUGAUAGGAUGGUCCGAAUGCAACCCUUGCCAUCAAUAUGGUCUUUCAAUCAAGUUCUGAGAGAACUUGCAAGACUGAAACAUUAUUCAACUGUUAUUUCUUUGUACAAAGAGAUGAAUUCGUUGCCACUCCGGCCCAAUGUUUAUACGCUCACCAUCCUAAUCAAUUGUUUCUGCCACUUGAAUCGCGUGGAUUACGGUCUCUCUGUCCUGGGAAGCAUCAUGAAACGUGGGCAUGAGCCAAAUAUUGCAACAUUUAACACUCUCAUCAAGGGCCUUUUUGCCAAGCAUGAAAUUGGCCCUGCAAUGGAAUUGUUUAAUAAAAUAGCGGAGGAGGGGUAUCCAUGUACUGAGAUCACCUACGGGGUGAUACUCAAUGGGCUUUGCAAGACCGGAAACACUGGUGAGGCUCUCGAAUUGCUCAGACGAGUGGGACAGAAGGAUGGAUAUGAACCUAACUUAGUUAUGUAUGCUACAAUCAUCGACGGUUUCUGCAGAGAGGGACUGGUAGAAAAAGCAAGAGAACUCUUGUCCGAAAUGAUCGAGAAAGGCAUCUCACUAGAUGUUGUCGUGUACACUUCUGUGAUUCGUACACUUUGCAAUACUGGCCAGUGGAAAUUAGUUGCAGACUUUUUGAAUGAGAUGGUGAAUCAGGGAAUCACCCCAGAUGGCGUAGCCUUUGAGACACUAGUUGAUGGUCUUUGCAAAGAAGGAAGGACUGUAGAAGCAGUUUCCUUGUUAGAAAAAGCAAUGCAUCAAUAUGGGGAACCGAAUGUUUUUACUUACAACUCUUUGAUUCGUGGGCUAUUCAAUUCAGGACAGUGGAAAGAAGCCAAAAGAUUGUUCAGUGAAAUGAUGGAACGACAGAUCUCACCAGAUGUGUUUACAUCAAGUAUAUUGGUGGAUGGUUUCUGCAAAGAAGGGAUGACCAGAGACGCACACGAACUGUUAGAUGUAAUGAUCCAAAGAGGUUUGGAGCCUGAUAUAGUCACAUACAAUUCUUUGAUUGAUGGGUACUGUUUAGUCGGUCAAAUGGAUGAGGCAAAAGAAGUCUUCACAUCUUUGAGUGGAAGAUGUAACCCAAAUGUCAGAACUUACAAUAUCUUGAUCAAUGGCUAUUGCAAGAAAAGGCGGAUGAAUGAUGCCAUGCAGGUUUUCAAAGAAAUGAGUCAAAAAGGAUUGAUGCCUAAUGUUUUUACUUACUGCACUCUUAUAAGUGGGUUCUGCAAGGUGGGCAAACUUGUGUCUGCUCAAAAGUUCUUCACUGAGAUGAAAGAUCAAGGCAUAUGUCCUGAUCUCGUUACAUACAAUACGAUGUUGAAUGGGCUAUUCAAGAGCCAUUGUCCCGCUGAGGCAGUUGCUUUAUUUGAUGAGAUUAAAAGCUCUCAAUUAAAACCUGGUAUAAUAACUUAUAACAUCCUUAUUAGUGGCUUGUGCAAAUGUGGUGAAUUUGAGGCUGCAAGGAAAAUAUUUUACAGCUUAUUUGAAUUGGGAUUGGAGGCUAAAGCUAGAACAUACAAUAUAAUGAUUGAUGGGCUCUGUAAAGAAGGGCUGUUGGAUGAAGCUAGUAAAAUGCUUAUUGACAUGGAGGAGAAGAGUUGCCCACCUGAUCAGACCACCUUCAAUACUAUAGUCCAUGUAUUUCUUCAAAAGAAAGAGACCCAGAAAGCAAUGCAGCUACUUCAUAAAAUGGUUGAGAGGGGGUUCUCACCAAAUACUUCCAUUGUACAGAUGUUAGCAAACCGAUUAUCAGCAUGAUUCAGAUGGUGACUGUCCGGAAAUGCGUUGCAUUUUCUUCUUUUUUCUAAAUGGACAAAAAGAAAAGCAGAAUGGAAAAACUGAGUGACAAAGGACUAGUUAAAAUGUUUAUUAUGUCUAUCAUGAUGAAAUCCACAAUUUUAACAUAUAUGUUCUUUGGUUCUCUAUGAGAUAGGGACAGUUUGGAGUUUCUCAUUGAAAUGCAAAGUUUUGAACAACAUUUUCGUAUCUUCACAUAAAAUGGUGCAGAACUCAAAAUCUGAAUUGCCCUGGACUGCCGUAAUACAGAGGUGUUCAAAGUGAGGAUUCAUAAUUUUGGAGAGUCAGCAUGGCAGGCAUUUCCAUAAAUCCAUCCGAUUUACAUUGUGGCUGUGUUCAAUAAAUAUGCAUUGAUUCACAUGUUCCCCCCAAAGGUGGGGUGCCCAUGCAACACUAGCAGAAUAUACUUUUGUAAAAUGACUUGCAUAAGUUAUUGUGGA